CGGGAAAAUCUUUCGCGACCAACAUGGAGGACAAGCGCCGGGUCGGUCUCGACCCGAGCGUGGGAUACGUCACGCCGGUGGGCUCCGCACCCGGCGAGGGCCUCGUGCUGCGCAACAGCCUCUCGCCGCACGAGCUCGUUGCCAAGCCGAUCGACGGCGAAUACGCCAACGCGUACCAGCUCUUUACGCGCGGCGGCCUCCUCUUGCGGCCGACGGAGCCGUGCUUUGGCAGCCGGGUGCGCGAAGACGGGCGCGUCGGGAGCUACGAGUGGCAGACGUACACGCAGGUGAGCGCGCGCGUCGACUCAGUCGCGGCGGCGCUGUGGCACUUGAGCUUGGUGCCUCGCGCCGGAGACGGGAAGCGCUUCCUCGGCUUCUUCCUCAAGAACUGCCGCGACUGGAUGGUGUGCGCGCUCGCGGCGUACAAGACCAACGUGGUCGUCGUGCCGAUGUACGACACGCUGGGACCCGAGACGGUGGGCUACAUCCAGCGCCAGACGACGAUGCCGACAGUGCUGUGCACCGCUACGGAGCUCAAGGUUCUGCUCUCGGACGGCGCAACCGCCUUCGCCACCGUCCUCAUCUCUGGCAGUCUGCCCGCCGAGCUCCGCCGCGCCGCGACGGCAAAGGGCCUGUCGGUCCUCACGCUCGGCGAGCUGGAAAGCGUGGGGCGCUCGCACCUCAGCCUGCUCGGAACGCUGGCGGAGCCGUCGCCAGCAGACCUCGCCUACCUCUGCUACACCUCUGGCACGACGGGCGACCCAAAGGGCGCCAUGCUCACCCACGGCAACUUGCUCGCCGCCGUCGGCAUGGCGUCGUACCCCUCUAUCUCCGUCUUCAGCUACGACCCGGGCGGGCCUCAGGAGGUGCACAUCUCCUACCUCCCGCUCGCGCACAUCUUCGAGACGGUCGUGAUGAACUUCUGCCUCUUCCGCGGCGCCGCCGUCGGCUUCUACCAGGGAGACACCCUCAAGAUCCUCGACGACCUGCAAGCCCUGCGGCCGACGAUCUUUGUCUCCGUCCCGCGGCUGUACAACCGCAUCCACGACAAGAUCGCCAAGGGCGGGCUUGCCGGCAAGCUAUUCUUCAAGGCGCUCGACGCGAAGCUGCAGCGGCUGCAUGCGACCGGCUCGGGCGAGCACCGCCUCUACGACGCGCUCAUCUUCUCAAAGGUUCGGAGGCAGCUCGGGCUUGACCGAUGCGCAAAGAUGCUCUGCGGCUCCGCGCCGAUCGCCGCCGACGUCAAGGAUUUUCUCCGCGUCGCGAUCGGCGCGCCGCUCAUCGAGGGGUACGGGCUGGGGGGUGGAGGGGUGGGGCGGGGGGGGUUCGCGGUAGUACCCUUACCUUACCCUACCCCCCCCCCCCACCCCGCCUCGAACCCAGACGACGUGACCAACUUCCACGUUGGCAUGCCCGCCCUGUGCUGCGAGCUCAAGCUGCAGGACGUGAGUGAGAUGGGCUACUCUAGCGCCGCCGACCCGCCGAGCGGCGAGGUGUGCGCGCCUAGAGUGUGCGUGCGAGGCCCGUGCGUGUUUGGGGGCUACUACAAGAUGGAGGAGAAGACGCGCGAGGCGUUCGACGCCGCCGGCUGGUUCCACACGGGCGACAUUGGGGCUUGGACGACCGAGGGGUGCUUGCGCAUCGUCGACCGGAAGAAGAACAUCUUCAAGCUGGCUCAGGAGACUACAAUGAGCGAGUACGUCGCCGCGGAGAAGAUCGAGACGGUGCUGCUGCGCUGCCCGCUGCUCGCGCAGCUGUUUGUGUACUGCGACUCGCUCCAGUCCUACCUUGUCGCGGUCGCAGUGCCUGACGCCGAAGAGGUCGCCGCUUGGGCCGCCGCCGCCGCCGCCCCGGCCAAGGUGGCCGAGGUGCUGCGCGAGCCCGCCGCGGCGGCGAGGCUGCACAAGGCCAUCAGCCAGCAGAUCGCGGCCAUGUCGACGGAGGCGGGGCUCAAGGGGUUUGAGCGGAUCAAGAAGCUGCACCUCGAGGGCGAGCCGUGGAGCGUCGACAACGGCAUGCUCACGCCAACCUUCAAGAUGAAGCGCAACGACCUCAAGAAGCGCUACCAGGCCGUCCUCGACGCGCUGUAUGCGGACCCUACGGCCGGCACGGCCUCCAAGCUGUAGAUGGGCACAACCCCCUCUCCCUUUUCUCCCAGUAAGCUAAAAGUACGUACAUCUGGAUUGACGUAUGUGUAUGCGGCCCGCCGACUAACACGCCCACGUGGCGCCGGUGCCGACGUGCGACGACCAGUAUCCUGGGCUGUGUGGCUCUGCCGCGUUUGGGAUCGCGGCUUGCGACGGGCUCUUGUGGUGUUGCCGACAUCGUCUGCUACGUGGCGGACGGACGAGGUUCGGCAGGUAGAAGUCUGCCAGAACUUUCAUGUGAAAUCCGGGUGUACAGGGCCC